UGGCGCGCAUGAAAUCAUUGAUCAUCGCUGUGAAUGUAAACAAAUCAUCGAAGUUACCGAAGUUACGCAAACCAGCGAGGGCAGAAGAAGAAGAAGAAAAGAGCUGAAGAAACUGAUGGAAACCAUUCCAGAUUCAAAAAUAUAAAAUGAGUUGUGCGUGUGCUUGUGCGUCUGGACCAUCCACAGAUUCUCAGGAAGUGCCUGCACGUGGAUGUUGUCAAGAUGAAAUUAAACCUUCAGCCACAAAAUCCGGAUGCUGCCAAGAAAACUCUGAUGGAAAGUUCGAUUCAAAAGGGAUUUAUGAGCUCAUUCGAAAUAUAAUGGACCCAGAGCAUCCUCUCACCCUCGAAGCACUGAAUGUUGUAAAUCAGGCUGAUGUCAAGGUGUACAACGAGAGAGAGGUGAUGGUUUUGUUCACACCAACCAUUCCACAUUGCAGCAUGGCCACCAUGAUUGGUCUAGCCAUUCGAGUCAGGUUGCUGAGAACCCUACCUCCAACUUUCAAAGUCACAGUGCGAAUUUCCCCAGGGACGCACGUGUCCGAGCAUCCAAUCAACAAACAGCUCGCCGACAAGGAGAGAGUGGCGGCCGCUAUGGAAAACAGAAAUCUCCUUGCAGUCAUUGAACAGUGUUUGACCUUCGAAGAGGACAGCGACAUUCACUACGACAAACCAGCCAGCUGCGGAAAUCCUGACGGAAUCUCCGCGACGACAUCAAUCUCGGGGAGCUGAGCAUCAAACCAGUGUUGUAAAAAAAUAUUGGAUAUUAAAUCAGGUGUUUUACAAUUA